GCCGAUCGCGCCUCUGCCGCAUCACUGAUCACGCCCUCAACUUGCACACCGACUCAGACGCGCCUCAGCCACCACCUCUCACCGCGCCGCCAACAUGCCAGACCCCCCGCCGCCGCCGGCCGCGUCGUCCUCGACCCCAAAGGCGAUCCCGAGCCUCGCCAAGCGCGCGAGCGAGACGACCCGCAGGGGCGCCGCCCGCCUCGUCUUCACGCCCACCCUCCCCGCGCGCCGCCAGAAGGAAGAUGCGAAAAAAGAGGAACCAGCCCCCGCCGCCGCACCUACGGAACGCGGACGAGGCCGCGGGAGGGGCGACCGUGCGCGAGGGCGAGGGCGCGGUGGAGAAGGACGAGGAGCAGCCCCGCGCCCGCCGGCCGUUGAGAUGACCGCGAGCGGGCCCUUCGCCAUGGGACCCACCCUCGCAGGCACCUCUGCUCGACGCAGCGCGCCCCGCUCGAACUUCGCCCCUGCCGUCCCGCAGGCGCCCGGUGCACUUGGCGCAGGGCUCACAAAGACGACCGCGCCUGCACUGAAGCGCGAGCCGCGAGUGAAGGUGGAAGAUGAGGACGAGGAAGCAUACUCGGACCCGGAUGAGGGCGUGGAGAUCGUGGACAUGGAGAAGAUCAGGGAUAUGGAUUGGAUGGCGCCGGAGAGCUUGGCGAGAGAGAGGGAGGCAAAGAAGAAGGUCAAAGGGACGACCGUCAAGAAGGAAAAUCCGGAGAACGUAGAUCGAAAAGGGAAAGGCGUUGCCAAACCAGAGGUGAUGGACGUCGAUGACGAGAGCCCAGAGCCAGAAACAGAGACAGAAGUCAACUUGGCGAACGCAGUCGACCUCAGCGAGAGCGAAGACGAGGAAGAGCUCGAGGACAUCAUCGACGACUUCGCACUAGCACAAGAAAAUCAGGCAGAUGACGUGGACCCGAACAUCCGCCAAGAACGCCUCUACUUUUUCCAAUUCCCCUCCCCCUUCCCCACCUUCGUCUCUCCGUCAGCCCAAGCGGCCGCGGCAGCAUCGACAGAACAGGACCCCGCUGCACCCGGAGCCGCAGAAGUCGGCGGCGACCGCAAAGUCACCUUCGCACCCGACACAAAACCGCCCGCCCCCGCACAAGGCACCAAACCCGGCGAACGCGCGAAAGAAGCAGACCAGAAGAUCGACGGGCUCAUCGGCCAGCUCGAGGUGUACGCGAGUGGCGCGGUGAAGAUGCGCCUCGCGAACGGGAUUGUCAUGGACGUCACCGCGGCGACGCAGCCGUCGUUCCUCCAGCAGGCGGUGCAUGUCGAUGUGGAGAACAAGCGCGUGCAUGUAUUGGGCGAGGUGAAUCGCAGGUUUGUCGCCUCGCCCAACGUGGAGACGCUCCUGGCUGCUAUGGAGCUUGCGGAACAGCCGGUUGCGCCGGAGUUGGAGGGGCUGAUCGCGAUGGACACUACGUAGCUGGCAUCCUCAGUGAGAAGUGCGUGGCAUUGUGUGAAGCCUGCGGGAGUAAAUGUGUUGUGAGGUCGUAGAUCUAUUGGGUCGUUGCGACGGAUGUGUGCUGCCAAUGAACCCUCACAGACGU